AUGGCGACGACUCUGCAUUCUCUGCUCACCCUUCAGCUGCUGGUGCUCCUCACAGUCUGGCCGCUGCAUUCCUCUUCACUUGUUGGAAAGCACGACGACCGUGAAGCACUGUUGGCAUUCAAAGAGGCGCUCUCAGAUGACUCAGGCUCGCUAAGAUCAUGGAACGGCAGCAGUUCCGACUUCUGCCGUUGGGCCGGCGUGACAUGCAGCCGCCGGCAUCCGGGUCGCGUGGUUUCUCUGAGGCUGAGCUACUGCAACCUGGGAGGCAGCAUCUCUCCUGCCAUCGGCAACCUCACCUUUCUUCGGAGGCUUUCUCUGAGGCUGAGCUACUGCAACCUGGGAGGCAGCAUCUCUCCUGCCAUCGGCAACCUCACCUUUCUUCGGAGGCUUAAUCUCAGCCACAACAUGCUCUCAGGGGAGAUACCGCACACCGUUGGCCGGCUACGUCGUCUGCGCUUUCUUGAAUUGGUCAGCAACUCUCUUGCCGGCAGCCACCUGCCUGACCUUGAAGUGCUUCUUUUGGGUGGCGCUAGAAACAAGAACAACUUUUCUGGAACAAUCCCUCCUUCCCUCUCAAAUGCCACUAAAUUACAAAUCCUGGGUCUUGCUAAUAACAAAUUUGAAGGAAAGGUACCUCCUGAGAUAGGGAAGCUCUGCCCAGUGAAUGUUCAAAUGAGUUGUAACAUGUUACAUGCUGAGGAUGAUGCAGACUGGGAGUUCCUUAGAUAUUUCACCAACUGCACCCGUCUACAGGUUCUAGACAUUGGUAAUAACACCCUGGGAGGAGUCCUUCCAAGUUUUGUAGCUAAUUUCACAGGGCCAAUACAGUCGCUACUCAUGGGAUUGAACUGGAUGUCUGGGGUAAUCCCUCCAGGUAUCGGAAACCUCGUUAGCCUUGAGGACCUAGAAUUUGAGGGAAAUAAUCUGCAUGGUGUUAUACCUGAGGACAUUGGAAGACUUCAGAACCUGACAUUUUUCACGCUGGAGGCGAAUCUCCUAUCAGGAGGUAUACCGCCCUCCUUUGGCAACCUCACAAAACUGCUCACCCUUAUAUUAUCAAACAAUGAACUCAAUGGUUCCAUUCCUGAAAACCUUGGUAGCUUGCACAGGUUAAUAUCCAUGACAUUAUCCUUCAACAGGCUUACCGGUGCUAUACCUGGAGUAAUAUUCAGCCUCUCAUCACUAACUGAUUCAUUGUUGCUUUCUCAUAACUAUCUUUCUGGUGUUCUUCCUCCACAAAUUGGUAGCCUCAAGCAUGCGACAACAUUGGAUCUGUCAAGAAACAACUUAUCUGGUGAAGUACCAGGAGCACUUGGAGACUGUGCAAGUUUAGUGUACUUAUCUCUAGACGACAAUUACUUCACUGGGAGCAUCCCUCCAUCAAUUGGUAAUUUGAAGGGCUUGAGCAUGCUGAAUUUCACAAGAAAUGGUCUGUCUGGUAGCAUCCCUCAAGAGUUGAGCAACAUUUAUGGGCUGCAAGAGCUUUACCUAGCUCACAACAACCUGUCUGGAGCCAUUCCACAACUUCUCCAGAACUCAAGCGCUCUUGUAGAGCUAGAUCUCUCCUAUAACCAUCUAGAUGGUGAGGUGCCGUCACAUGGGGUGUUCGCUAACAUGAGUGGGUUUUCUGUAAUUGGAAAUGAUGGGCUUUGUGGCGGUGUUGCGGAGCUGAAAUUGCCUCCAUGUGAGGUCAAGCCAUACAGCCACCGAAAACGGUUGCCACUGAAGAUUUUUCUUCCAGCCAUUGGCGUUGCUAUAUGUUUAUCUCUUCUAUUGGUUGUGCUCUUUCUAUUCAAAGGGAGAAAAGGACUGGACAGGAUCAAUGCUACGCAAAACCGUUUGUUGGACAAGUAUCCUAGAGUUUCAUACCUCCAACUUUUUGAAGCUACGGAUGGUUUUGCCCCUACUAAUCUGAUAGGAGCUGGAAAAUAUGGAUCUGUUUAUAAAGGAAAUUUGUCCCUUACAGGUGCUAGGGAUUCCGUAGUGGCUGUCAAAGUGUUUACUCUUCAGCAACCUGGUUCUUCCAGAAGUUUUUUGGCUGAAUGUGAGGCUCUACGACAAGUGAAACAUAGGAACUUGAUCAAUAUUAUCACCUGUUGCUCCAGUAUAGACUCUAGAGGGAAUGACUUCCGAGCUCUAGUGUUCGACUUCAUGCCCUUAUACAGCUUGGACAGGUGGCUGCAUCCAAGAAGCAAUGAGCAGACACACAAGUUAAGUCUAACCCAACUGUUGAACAUUGCGAUUGAUGUAGCAGAUGCACUAGACUAUCUUCACAACAGUAGUUGUCCAACAGUGAUCCACUGUGAUUUGAAGCCUAGCAACAUCCUCCUUGGCAGUGACUGGACUGCUUAUGUUGCUGACUUUGGGCUUGCAAAGCUGAUUGGUGAACCCAUGGACCAAUCAAAUUUGAAUAUUGGGACUGAAAGCACUAUUGGGAUACGAGGAACCACUGGAUAUGUCGCUCCAGAAUACGGAGCAGGUGGUCAAGCAUCAGUUGCUGGUGAUGCCUACAGCUUUGGGGUUACUCUGCUUGAGAUGUUCACAGGGAAGGCACCAACUAAUGAUAUGUUCAUAGAUGGCUUGACCCUGCGCUUGCUUGCUGAGGCAGGGUUACCUGACAGGAUAUCAGAAAUCAUUGACCCAGAACUAUUGCAUGCGGAGUUGUAUGACAAUGAUUCUGAGAUACUUAGUUGCUUAGCUUCUGUGAUACGAGUUGGUGUCUCAUGUUCAAAGGACAACCCGUCAGAAAGAAUGAACAUGGAACAUGCUGCUGCUCAGCUGCACAGAAUCAAGGAGUACAUUGCGGAAAUCCCUUAG